AUGUAUCUCACCGGCGCUCUCCUUACUGCCGCCGCGGUGCCCCAAGCCGUCAAGGACCUGCAGGACCUGAAGACUGUCGUCGAUGCGGCGGCCGCGACGAUCAAUGCUGCGCCCAAUAAUUCGACGUGGGGCUUCUUGACGGUGGCGCCGCAGGGCUCGCUGGGCACCGCAGAUCUGGUUGCGAAUAUUACGACGACGGUGCUCAGGGCGAACUACCUCCUGCAGUCUGACAAGGACCACUGGCUCGCCGCCAACGAUACCAAUGUCACCAGCCCAACCCCCACACCCCCAACGCCGCCGCCUUUCCCAACUACGACCGCACCCUCUACGCUGACCGGCCCUAACAGCACCGUCACCUCCCUCGACGAGCCCUACACAACCUACAUCCUCUCGCUCCCCAGCCUCGCCACAGCCCUCACAACCCUCGGCCGCUCCUGGCACAAGGAAAUGAACCAGCCCGUCUACUCCGCCAUCGACGCCCUGCAGCAAACCAUCUCGACCUUCCAGUCCUCCCUGCUCGAAGCCCAGCUCAUCGGCACCUCCUCGGUGCUCCGCACCAUCCGCGCGAGCAGCAGCCUGGAAGACGCGCAGCAGGCAUGGAGCCGGUUUUUGAAUCUGCCUGGCUCGGCGUCGUCGUCAGGCUCGGGAGAUGGUGGCAUGGGGAAGAGGAGCUUGACGAGUGCGAAGAGGCCGCUGCCGUUUGAGGGCGGGUUUUACAGGCAUAAGGAUCUUUGGGGACGGGGGCCGGAGGCGAGAGAGUCGAGGGAAGGGAAGGCCAGGAUGUAUGAUGCGGUGGUGAGGUGGGAGGAGCAGCACGGUGGACGGCAGCCACGGCCGUUUGUUGCGUGA